AUGGCUUCCGUCAAAGAACCCGGGUUGGAAAUGCAGGAUACGGAACUCCAAUAUAUGGAUCGAGAUGAGGCUUCUUCGGAUCAGAAGGGAGAUCAGAAGGGUGGAACGACGUUGGGGACAGUCAUUGAUGAUCAUGACAUGCAACGGAUGGGAAAGGCACAAGAACUAAAGAGAAACCUGCGUCCUGUGGCUGCUUUAAGUUUUGCAUCGGUAUUGCAAGCGACCUGGGAAUUUAUUCUAAUCUCUAAUUAUGAGGGGCUGUACAAUGGAGGCAUGCCGGGAUUCUUUUACUCGUAUUUAUGGACAUUUAUUGGAUUCGGAUUCAUUAUCGCUUCGAUCUCCGAAAUGGCCUCAAUGGCACCCACAUCCGGCGGACAGUAUCAUUGGGUCUCUGAGUGGUCUUCGCCGCGGUAUCAGAAGUUCCUGAGCUAUAUUACAGGCUGGAUGUCGGUUCUAGCCUGGCAAGCGGGAGCAGCAUCGGGCUCAUUCCUAACUGGCACCAUCAUCCAAGGAUUGAUCAGUGUCCGAAACCCGGAUUAUGAGCCUCAAAACUGGCAGGGCACGCUGUUUGUGUUUGCGAUGGUACUGCUGAUCUAUAUGUUCAAUGUCUACGCUUGCGACUUGAUGCCAAUCCUGAACAAUCUAUUGAUGAUCCUUCACGUCUUGUCGUGGGCAGUCAUUCUCAUCGUCCUCUGGGCCAUGGCGCCCCGCCAAUCAGCCCAAGCUGUAUUUGUCACAGAGUGGAAAAACCUCGGAGGCUGGUCUUCCAUGGGGUUGAGUGUCAUGAUCGGACAACUAUCAGCCAUCUACGGCUCAUUGAGCUCGGAUGCAACAGCACACAUGUCAGAGGAGGUCAAAGAUGCAGCCCGAAACGUACCUAUUGCCAUUGCCUGGGGCUACUUCAGCAACGGCAUCAUGGCCAUCGUACUAAUAAUCACCUUCCUAUUCGCCAUGCCAUCAGUCGAAGACGCUCUAAACGACCCUACGGGAUUCCCCUUCCUAUACGUCUUCAAGAACGCAACCUCAACAGCCGGUGUAAACGGACUAACCGCCAUCACCCUCCUCACCGUAAUCUUCAGCAACAUCCUUUUCAACGCGUCCACCUCCCGUCAGACCUUUGCCUUCGCACGCGACAAGGGCCUCCCAUUCGCUAAAUGGAUCGGCAAAGUCGACCCCCGCCGCCAGAUCCCCGUUAACGCCAUCGGCGUCUCCUGUCUCAUCAGCUGCGCGCUUUCUCUCAUUAACAUCGGCUCUGAGACCGCGUUCAAUGCGAUUAUCUCUUUGAACGUCGCAGCGCUGAUGUAUACCUACAUCAUCUCGAUUAGCUGUGUGAUUUAUCGCAAGGUCUGGUAUCCUGAAACUCUGCCGCCGCGACGAUGGGAUAUGGGUCGCUGGGGACUGGCUGUUAACAUUGUUGGGUUGUUGUACUGCUGUUUUGCGCUCUUUUGGUCUUUAUGGCCGGGUGAUGUGGAGGUGACGCGAGAAAACUUCAAUUGGAGUGUGGUCAUCUUCGUUGGUGUUUUUAUCAUCAGUGUUGGGAUGUAUUUUGUCAAGGGGCGGAAGGAGUAUGUUGGUCCCUCGGUGAUUGUUCAGAAGGAGUGA